UCCUGACAUUUCUCCAUCCACUCAGCAGUAUCGCCCUUGCUGUUUCAUCGAUCGGAUCCACGAAUCAACACCACCCUCACAACAGAAUCACCACCCACAACCUCUUCUCUCAUCCUCGAAGAAAGCAAAACUGCUACACCACCCAUCUCCGCCGAAUCCUUUUCCAAACGCACACUCCCACACCUCUAUCACAACUUCAUCGUCCACAGCGCAAGGACAUCUCGAAGUUUCCAUUCUCCGUAUCCUACCUCUUCACGGCGUAACUCUCUCCAUACUUUCCCAAGUCGACAACACCGACCGAGAAUCAAAAAUGUUCCGCACAAGCGUAACCCGCUUCCUCACCACCAGCAGCACCCGCCUCUUCUCCACGUCCCUUGCCCGCCACAAGACUCCGCUCGAAACCGUCAAGGAUGCCGCCAAAGCCGUCGACCGCAAGGUCAGCGAUGCGGCGGUGAAGGGCAUCGAGACGGGCGAGAAGGUGGCCGAGAAGGUGAAGGGGAAGCUGCCCGAGAGCACGGGGGAGGCCAAGGGCGAGGCCAAGGAGGUGUACGGGCAGGCGAAGGGGAAGGCGUCUGAGCUGAGUGGGUCGGUGAGCGGGAAGGCCAGCGAGUUGAGUGGGGAAGCGAGUGGAAAGGCCAGUGAGUUGAGCGGGAAGGCUAGCGAGCUUGCUGGGGAGGCGAAGGGGAAGGCCCAGGAGUUGAAGGGGGAGGCAAAGUCGAAGAUGCCGUAGGGGUGCUGUUGAGCAGGACGGAGGAGGGAAUGAUGCAUGAGGGUCAGAGAUGGGGGCCUGGUUGAAGCAAUCAUCAUGGUGUCGACCUGUACAGUAUCAUAGGCGUUUUGCAUGCAGCAUCAAGGAACUCUGGAUUUUCAAUGAAAAAGGAGUUUUCAUUAUGCCUACUCGUGCUCUCCAAAUGGUAUCAAAGACAUCACUUCUUUUCCAGUGUCUAUCAGCGUGAUUGCGCAGAGACACACUCGACAUC